CUUAUCAAAAAACAAAGAAACUUGCAUGACAUAUAUAGUUAUGGCCACAAUUUGCAAUCUCCCCUUUGCUUUUACAAUUUUCAUUCUGCUUCAUCACCAUACUUCACAUGCUAUUGUACCUAAUAUUAGCAUUGAUGAAGCUGCUCUUCUUGCACUGAAAUCACACAUUUCUUCUCACCCUAACAUCUUAGAAAGCAACUGGACUUCUUCUAGCCCAGUUUGCAGCUGGAUUGGAGUCACUUGCAGCUCCCGCCACCAUCGAGUAACUGCUUUAGACAUUUCUAGCAUGACUCUUCAUGGCACCAUUCCUCCACACCUUGGAAACCUCUCAUUUCUUUCUUCCCUCGACAUUAGUAACAACACUUUCCAUGGGGGUUUUCCGGAAGAGUUGGCUCAUUUACAAAGGUUGAAAUUGAUUAAUGUCAAAAGCAAUAACCUCACCGGAACCAUUCCAUCAUUUUUAAGUUUGUUACCAAACCUACGCAUUGUGUACCUCUCGAGUAAUCAAUUUUCGGGGGAAAUUCCAUCUUCCCUUUCCAAUCUGACAAAACUGGAAAAGUUGGAAAUACAGAGCAAUUUUCUCAAAGGAGAGAUCCCUCGGGAACUCGGUGAUCUUCAUUACUUGAAUGUCCUAAACCUGCAAAUUAAUCAGCUUACUGGCUCUAUACCACCAUCAAUCUUUAACAUUACUACAAUGCAAGUAAUUGCUCUUAGCGACAACAAUCUUACUGGUAAGCUUCCAAAAACGAUAUGUGAUCACCUUCCAGACUUGGAAGGACUUUACCUCAGAAGAAACUCCCUAGAUGGAGUUAUUCCACCAAACCUGGAGAAAUGCAGAAAGCUUCAAGUCUUGGAAUUGACUGAUAAUGAGUGUACUGGAACUGUACCAAGAGAGCUAGGUAAUCUUAAGACACUUCAGGUAUUGGGAUUAGCGCGGAAUGAGCUUACUGGCUCUGUCCCUGAAAGCAUUUUCAACAUGUCAGCACUGCAGGUGAUAGAGUUUGGACAAAACAAGCUUUCAGGUACUCUUCCUUCAGAUUUAGGUCGGGGAAUACCCAACCUAAAAAUAUUUCUUUGUGGAGGAAAUAACCUCAGUGGUUUUAUCUCUGAUUCUAUCUCCAAUUCAUCGAAACUCAGAAUACUUGAACUCUCCGCAAACAGUUUCACAGGUCCAAUUCCUAAAUCACUUGGUAACUUAGAAUACCUUGAGUUUCUGAGUUUGGACAGGAAUAAUUUUGUCAGUGAUUCAACAUUGAGCUUCCUUGCAUCAUUGACGAACUGUAGGAAUCUAAGAGUACUCUGGUUUGGUAGUAAUCCGUUGGAUGGUGUUUUGCCUGCAUCUGUUGGUAAUUUAUCCAAAUCUCUAAUUUAUUUUGAAGGAGAUGAUUGUAAAUUGAAGGGCGUCAUUCCUCAAGAAAUUGGUAAUCUUACUGAAGUGACAAGGAUUAGCCUUUCUAACAAUGAAUUGACGGGAUAUAUUCCACAAACUGUACAUGUCCUGCUGAGCCUUCAAGAACUUUACCUACUAAGCAACAAGAUAGAAGGAACCAUACCAGAUGUUAUCUGCAAUUUAAAGAAUCUUGGUGCAUUAGACUUGUCAGAAAAUCAUUUUUCUGGUUCAGUGCCUUCAUGCUUAGGGAAUGUUACUAGUUUGAGGAAACUUCAUCUAGCUAACAACAAGCUGGAUGCUAGAUUACCUUCAAGCUUGGGGAACCUUCAAGAUCUCAUAGAAUUCAAUGUUUCAUCCAAUUUAUUGAGUGGGGAAAUUCCACUGGAGAGCGGAAACAUAAAGGCUGCAACACUCAUUGAUCUGUCAAAAAAUAAUUUUUCUGGUAAGAUUCCUAGUACUCUAGGGGGUCUAGAUAGAUUGAUUAAUCUUUCUCUAGCACAUAAUAUAUUAGAGGGACCUAUUCCAGAAUCAUUUGGAAAAAUGUUGUCCUUGGAAUACUUGGAUUUGUCCUAUAAUAAUCUUAGUGGUGAAAUUCCAAAGUCAUUAGAAGCUCUUGUGUAUCUCAAAUACCUAAAUAUCUCUUUCAAUGAACUCAGUGGAGAAAUUCCCACUGGUGGUCCCUUUGCAAAUGCCACCAGUCAAUCUUUCUUGUCCAAUGAUGCACUUUGUGGUGACUCCCGAUUUAGCGUAAAACCAUGCCUAACCAAAUCUACAAAGAAGUCAAGAAGAAAAGGAAUGCUUACAGGUUUAUAUAUUCUAUUAGGGAUUGGAUCACUCUUCACGUUGGCUGUUGGAUUUGUGGUGUUAAGAUUGAGAAACACAAAGAAGAGUACAAGUCAAAAAGACGUGUCUCUAGUAAAAGGGCAUGAAAGAAUUUCAUAUUAUGAACUAGAACAGGCAACAGAAGGAUUCAACGAAAUCAACUUGCUUGGUAAUGGGAGUUUCAGCAUGGUUUAUAAAGGGAUACUUAAAGAUGGUAUCAUUUUUGCAGCAAAGGUAUUCAAUGUGCAAUUGGAGGGUGCAUUCAAAAGUUUUGACAAAGAAUGUGAGAUACUCCGGAACCUUCGACACAGAAAUCUGACUAAAGUCAUCACUAGCUGCUCAAAUCUUGAUUUCAAGGCCAUAGUGUUGGAAUACAUGCCUAAUGGGACACUACACAAAUGGUUAUACUCGCACAACUUGUUCUUGAGCUUUUUGCAGAGACUGGAUAUAAUGAUAGAUGUUGCAUCUGCAAUGGACUAUCUCCACAAUGGCUAUUCAACACCUGUGGUGCAUUGUGACUUGAAGCCAAGCAAUGUCUUGCUAGAUCAAGAAAUGGUUGCUCAUGUAAGUGAUUUUGGCAUUGCAAAAUUGUUAGGUGCAGAGGAGGCUUUUGUUCAAACAAAGACAAUUGCAACCAUUGGAUAUAUUGCUCCAGAGUAUGGACAAGACGGCAUAGUAUCCACGAGUUGUGAUGUUUAUAGUUUUGGCAUCCUGAUGAUGGAGACAUUCACACGAACAAGACCAAGUGAUGAAAUAUUUACUGGAGACAUGAGCAUACAACGUUGGGUCAGUGAUUCAUUCCCAAGUGGAAUUCAUAAAGUGGUGGAUUCUAAUUUGAUACAGCCAGGGGAUGAACAAAUCUAUGCAAAGAUGCAAUGUUUGUUAUCAAUCAUGGAAUUAGCUUUGAGCUGCACUUUAGUGACACCCGAUACAAGAAUUAGCAUGGAAUAUUCUCUUUCAAAGCUGAAAAAGAUUAGGCUCCAGUUUGUCAAUAGUCAGCACUAGGUGAAAUUAGGCAGGCUACUUAACCUAUGUCAGUUAGGUUAAGAUUUCAAUUCUGCACAAGUCCUUAAAGUUUGUUUAAUCAUGGUUGUUGGGGGAAACUCAUUUCUUUAUAUAUGUAUUUCUGAUGAUAUAUGGAAGUCGAAAAUGCAGUCUACUCAAGUUGGACCUUGUUAGAUGCAUUAUUUUGGAUCUUGUUUGUCACAAGCUGCAUUCCAGUUUGUUUCCCACAAGAAAUUGUGUCCCAUUAGUAUUAGAAAUAACAUCGGAAUAUGCACUGCUAUUUGAGCCACCAGAAUUUGGCAGUAGGAACAAAUUUCCAUAUUUUGAAGUUGUAGCUCAACCAAUACACUUCCAUAUUUUAAAGAACUAGAGCUUGUAUUAGUACACGAGUAUCAUCAAGAACAUCGUGCUCUGCACUUGCAAUUUCACCUCUGUUUCCAGCAGUUAAUUGCUUCUCAAAAUCAACAUUCAAUAUUUGAGCCACCAGAAUUUGGCAAAUAAAUCAGGCAGCAAACAAAAUCCAUACCCAUGCCGUUGACGUUUCUUCCUUGGUAUUAAAUAAUAAAGUCCAUGGAAAUAGCCUAUACUGAUAAUCAGAAACAUUGAACUUUAUAUAUGUCAAUAUAUGUUCCAAUUGUCCAAGAAGGAACUGACAAACUGUUUUGGAAUCAAAUUUCACGACUCAGAUCAUGCAUAUGAAAAUUUCAUAACCAAUCAACUUGAUGAAGCCCUUCUUCAACACUGAAUUGUCAGACCUCCUCUGUUAUAAACUGGAAAGUCUGCUCAAUCGCCAUGAAAAAAUUCAAUCUGUUUCAAUUUGUUUAGUUUAACUCUUCAUAAUUUUCUUCUUUUUUUAAGGCAUCAUUUGGUC